CUCUCAGCUGCAGUCAGGCAGGUGUGGUCGGCUCGGCGGGGCGACAUUCCGACCGGAGCGGGGAUCCGAAGGACACUACCCCGACCAAAAGACUGUGUACGGCGGGUGUGCAGACAUGAGGCACCCACAGGACAGCAGACACGCAGACUGAGCCACACACCGUUUACACCUGGACUAAAGCAGCGACGAGACGAUGAAGAAGAAAUGAGAACCCUGAUCAUAUAAGGAAACUGAGGAGUGGUUGAUUUGUCUUUUUCUUUUUUUUUACAUUUUUACCCAAUCACCAGUGGAACUGAAGUGAAAUCAAGGAAUCAGCGUAAAGGAGCCAGAACGGAUGUGACACCACAGGAAAAGAGGAACGUCUUAGUUUCUCACUUCUUUUAAAAAGGGAUGGAGCUAUGAGGAGCAGUAACUGUGUCACAAGUCACUUCGGUAAUGCGUUUUAACCCUUUCAUGCAUCUGGGGAAGACCAAAUAAGGGAGUACAUUCAAAGGAGAAGAGCGGGAGUGUCCACACUGCACUGACAUAUCGAAUGUAAAACUGAUGAGUGGUGAAAAGUUGGAAAUCCCCUGCAGGAGUGUCAUUGGGUGGAACUGGAACUAAGGUGGGGCCACGUGGCCGCUGUUAGCCGUCAAGAAUGAAUCAUAAAUGCAGGCUACUCCAGAAAGGCUCCAUAUGCUGCUGCCCGCCUACUGUGGUCUGAAACCAAAGAGAAUGACGUGAACGCCUGAGCUGAAACCACCAAAACCUGCACGAGUUCAACUGGAAAUGCCAUCUGACUGGUGCAGGAAUGCCUGACACUUCUGGAGAAACUGUGGAGUCGCUCUGAGCUGAAACACACAGUACACAGUGUAGCGGGAGAGUACGAUUCUCACCUCAUCCUAUGAAAGUGACUUUACUUGGAAAUUCAUCGAAAGGCCUUCGUAAUGGCAGGGAAGGAUUACAAUCAUCUCUUUAAACUGCUCAUCAUCGGAGACUCCAAUGUGGGCAAAAGCAGCCUUCUGCUCCGCUUCGCAGACAACUCCUUCUCUGGCAGCUACAUCACCACCAUCGGCGUGGACUUUAAAAUCCGGACGGUGGACAUCGACGGGGAGCGGGUGAAGCUGCAGAUCUGGGACACGGCGGGACAGGAGAGAUUCAGGACCAUCACAUCUACGUAUUACAGAAACACACAUGGUGUCAUUAUAGUUUACGACGUCACCAACCCAGAGUCCUUUGUAAAUGUGAAGCGCUGGUUAAAUGAAAUCUCCCAGAACUGUGACAGUGUCUGCAAGAUCCUGGUGGGAAACAAAAAUGACGACCCUGCCAGGAAGCAAGUGGAUACCCAGGAUGCAAUGCGUUUUGGGGAGUCGGUCGGAGUCCGAGUGUUUGAGACCAGCGCCAAAGAAAACAUAAACGUAGAGGAGAUGUUCAUGGCCUUCACACACAUGGUUCUUCGGGCUAAGAAGCAGAGUCAGAACAGAGCCGAGCGCGAACGAGAGCGGGAGAAGGACACGGUCAACAUCAACGCCCAGCGAGACCGCGACCGCAGGAAGAGAGGGAAGAAAUGCUGCUGAGGAUCUGACGCAGGAUCAGAUAAACGACGCCGUAGAGGAGGAAAGAGCAGCGUCGAAAGUCUGGAGGGUACAGGAGUUAAAGGACCAGUCUGUGUUUGUCGAUGGUUUAAGUGGGAUGAUUUGUCACGUUCAUGUUUUCUCAGAUCUCUGACUCCAAAACGCUCUGUGUUCAGUGACCUGCCGCCCUCGUUAGUGCGAACACCAGGUCACUGCUUCCAGACAUUCAUCACAUUUUCUAAGGCCUCAUGUUUCCCACAGCGUGAACACUUGAGUUUCGUACUAACUCAUUAGUGUUUGCUGCAGUGAUGCAACUAACGUUCAUUCUUAUGACCUGUUACUCUGGUAGUUACCUUUUCCUGUUGUUUCUUGUUUGUUUUUUUCAACUAAUUACCAAAAAAAUCUUACAAAUCAUCAGAUUAAUCUCUUAAAUUGCCUUUGACCAAGAAAAUGCAGCAAAUUUGACACGCUAAAAGCACCUAUGCUUUAAAAACGAAUCAAUUAAUAAACUUUUAAUUUUAUUGUUAUAGUAGUUGUAUAUGGAAGUAAAUCUGUCUCAUCAGAUUUUGAAUUAUAAAAGCCACUGAAUUUAUAGCACUGAUUUUUUUUGCACUGGAAUUAAGUAUCUGAAUGUU